UGAUUGAUAAUGGUCGAAACGGGGACCGGGCGGGGGAGUGACUUCGUUGCGCAUGCGUGACUCCUCGCCAACUCUCGCGAGAGGGGGACGCCAGUCUCGCGGUGCCUAGACAACGGGUUUCUUCACGCAGUCCUCAAGGAUGGCCGUUUCGGCGAGUUUGAGGACCGCCGGCAGGCCGAUUUGGAAGGCGGCUUUGCUGGCCCCUCGCAUGGUACAGACUCUAACAGAUGUCAAUCGCAGGAACGUGACCUCGCAGCAGCAGAACAUCCCGCCUCCUGCCAAAUAUGGGGGGCGCCACACAGUGACCAUGAUCCCCGGAGAUGGGAUUGGGCCAGAACUCAUGCUGCACGUCAAGGAGAUAUUCAGGCAUGCCUGUGUGCCGGUGGACUUCGAGGAGGUUCUAGUGAGCUCAGAGGCCUCUGACAGGGACCUGGAGAAUGCCAUCAUGGCCAUCCGGCGAAACCGGGUGGCCCUCAAAGGAAACCUGGAGACCAACCAUAACCUGCCGCCUUCUCACAAGUCCCGGAAUCACAUUCUACGCACGACCUUGGACCUCUUUGCGAACGUGAUCCACUGCAAGAGUCUCCCGGGCGUGGCCACCCGGCAUCGGGACAUCGACAUCCUCGUGGUCCGGGAGAACACGGAGGGGGAGUACAGCAACCUGGAGCACGAGAGCGUCUCUGGUGUGGUGGAGAGCCUGAAGAUCAUCACAAAGACCAAGUCGCUGCGCAUAGCCGAAUAUGCCUUCCAGCUGGCGAAGGAAGCCGGGCGCAAGAAGGUGACGGCCGUCCACAAGGCCAACAUCAUGCGACUCGCAAAUACCGGCAAGAGCAUCGCCACCAAGAACGUCGCGAACCCGACCGCGAUGCUGCUCGCUAGCUGCAUGAUGCUGGACCAUCUCAAGCUGCACAGCUACGCCUCCGUAAUCCGCAAGGCAGUCCUGGCCUCCCUGGACGAUUCAAAGCCCCACACGCCAGAUAUUGGAGGACAGGGGACGACUUCGGAGGCCGUUCAGUCCAUCCUGAAGCAGAUCCGUGGAUCCGCAGUCAACUUGGCACAGGUGCCAUCCUGAAUCCAGCGAGCAGGGACAAAAGACGAUCCGACACAACUGAAAUAAAUCCCCCCCCCCAAAUGUGGGCGGCACCCCCUGCUGUAUGAAGCCGGAAGCAGACCCUUCGUUUCCAAACCGCCCAAGCUCUAUACUCCGUCUUCUGUACGUAGCUCCUAAUCAGGCCGUUCUUCUUCUCCGGGGAAAUAAACACAAAUGU